AGUAGUAGUAAGGCAUGCGCAGUGUCGUGUGGAGAAAACAGCAAGGAUUCAAAGUUUUUGUUUGUUGUGUGCUUUUCAUCACGCUCUCCAUCAUAUUUUGAGAUGUUUGGUUUUCAUAAAUCGAAGAUAUAUCGCAGUAAUGAAGGAUGUUGCAUUUGUAAGACCAAGUCCUCCAGCUCUCGGUUCACAGACAGCAGCAGAUACGAGGAAAACUUCAGGCUCUGUUUUGGGCUGAUGGAAGAUCGAGUUGGUGACAUCUGCAAUGCUUGUGUCCUGUUAGUCAAGAGAUGGAAAAAGUUGCCACUUGGGUCUAAGAAGAACUGGAGCCAUGUUGUGGAUGCAAGGGCUGGACCGGGCUUCAAGCUGACUAAACCCAAGAAGGUGAAAAGGAGCGAGGGAAAGAAGAAGAGCAAACUGAAGAGGCUUCAUAAAUUCAAAAGACAAAACUCCGAUGCCCACAGCACAACAUCCAGUACAUCCCCCUCUCAGUCUCCAAGCUACAGCAACCAAUCCGAUGAAGGUUCGGACAUUGAAUCUAAGCAGAGGCGUUCCUCACCAGCCAUUUUCUCUUUCCUGGACCUCUCCUACUGGAAAAGGCAAAAAGUAUGCUGUGGCAUUGUGUACAAAGGACGCUUUGGUGAGGUGAUGAUUGAUCCACGCCUCUUCAAGCCCUGCUGUGGCUCCAAGAAGCAGGAAACAUUGGCACCCACACCAGAGGUGCACCUGCCCAGCACGCAUCCUACCCCGCUUCCGGAGGAUCUAAAACAGAGCUGGUGACUACCUGCGGGUCCUGCACUGAGGUCCUCUCUGCACCUCUUAGUUUUGUCUCCAGUGGCAGACUCCCCUUCCAACUUUCCAUGUAUUACUUUACUGUAUUACAGUUAGACAGAUAUAUAGUUUGUGUAGUUCUAUUCUACUAUGAUUUUUUUUUGUCUUUUGUAAAAUGAAUUUCACUAUGUUUUUGUAAAAAACAAUAACAAAAAAAUUAAAUAUGGGCAUUAGUAGAACACAUGUAGGAUCAGGAAACAUGGCUAUUGUACACGGCCUAUAAAGGCAGGAUACUGUUUUCUUCUUUCUCAUUUCAUUGACUAUAAACAUACUUUUUGUGUAAUGCCAAUACGUUUGUAAAUACUGUUUUGUAAUGGCAAUACAGAGAUUGCCUCCUGUAGACUUUGUUUCGGGGUCUUCACAGUGCAGUCGAGGUAUAGCAGAAAAAUACUGUUUUAAUAAAUGAUACGUAGACUUCAACCAGAAGCCGGUCAUUCUUAUUUUAAGCAAUACUCUGGUAUUUUCCACUGACCAUUUUCAUUGUAUCUUAUAUAUACACAGAAUUUAGCCACACAAAAUUGUUCCUGCCUUUUGUGUGAGAAUAGUUUCACGUUAUCUUACGAAAUGGGAAAAGUUAGCACUUGACCUGUGAUAUUCCUGUUUCCUAUCUUCUGCUCAGCAACACUGACCUCAGUGCUCAGGCCAUACAGGGUGGUCACUUGUAGAGCACCCAUCAGAGAUUACUGAGGCAAAGGGGGUGAGUAGUAGUGUGGAAUUUAUCCCAGGCCAAAGCAUAUUAAGGCUUCCUUUCAAAGUAGAUCAGUCUGAUCGGAAUACCUUGUCUAUUUCCUAUC